AUGUCGGUGCUGCUCUUCAACGUCUUCGUGGAGGCUUUGCAGAUCGCCGCCAAGGAGGACAGGGCCAUUGCGCAGCGGCGCCUCUUCGAAAGAGAGCUCGCCGCAGAGCUGGCCAAAUGGAGCAAAGGAGGUGGACAAGCACGACUUUGUGGUGUGAUGUGCGAAGGUUGGGCACCGGGCGGGAAGGAUAUCAUUGGCUUGGAAAAGCAGGGUUUGGAAGCAACAUUCAGCCACAGAGGCGCGCUGCCCCUUCAGCCUGCCCUGCCGGAGCAUGCCGAGCACCUGGAGGCGAGGAAUGUAAAAGCGGCCAAGCCGGCGCGCCUCCUCUUUCUACAUGCCUCGCCCCUCUGCGUACUCACGCGUGGGCCGAAUGGGCAGUCAAAGUACGUUCACGCCGUACGCGAAGCAUUGCAAGGAGCCGUCGACGUGAAGGUCAAGACCGCCUCCGUCCACAAUCUCCGCAAGGCGGUCACAGAAGGAAACCUUUGGCUCCACCUUUCUGCGCAUACUGCCAACGAGAGCACCUUGGUGCUUGAGGAUGGUUUCGGAGGCACCGAGGCUCUCACCCUGCAUGCUUUGGGGGUCUGCUGCUCCGGAGUGGGGGCAAAGAUGCGCGCCGGCUGCCUUCUUCGUGUUCCUGUCGAACUGCCGAUCGGACACGCCUCGGACACGCUUGCUGCAGCAUUCUACUCCGCCGGCGUGCAGCACAUCGUGUACACGAAUCGAGCUGUCACCGAUCACUGCGCCAGCCGCCUUGCCAAGCGUUUCUACCUUGCCAUGGCAUGCCGGCGCUUUCUGCGAAAUGCCUUCCGCAUCGCGCUGUCGGAGGUCUGCCGCAUGCGCCCAGAUCGAUCGGGCAAUUUCCAAGUCGGCGCGCUGCCCCAUCAGCCUGUGCUGCCGGAGCAUGCCGAGCACCUGGAGUCGAAGUGCGCCCCCCUGCCGCGGCUGAAGAUCGACCGCGAGGAUUUUUACUUUCCGGCUCCAAGAUUGCAGUGCCGCCGUAUGCGAAGGAUUGCAAGGCGCUUCCUUUCACAACUCUGGUGGCUGGCCAUGGAGAGCAAUGCUGUUUCGGUCAGCCAUUUCUUGCAAACUUCAGCAGUAACACCGAAGUCGGAUGGGUAUUUCAUGCAGUUUCCACGUGCUUCGGCGUUGCAUAUCCGGUCAACUGCGUCAUCAGAGGUGUCCUUCGCCGCGGAGCCGCUCGCGCCUGAGCUGGCGUCCACCUGGUCCCCGGAAGCUGGAGACUUGAAUGGGGAGGUCGACCUCGGCACCGUGGAUCGGUGCGACAGGAUCCGCAGCUGGGCUUCCCAGCCAGAACGUCGGCCGUCUGGAAUGGACCGCUUGGCCAGGACGCUGUUGGAGGAGCGCCACUGCCUACCUGGGAUGUGCGAGAAGGUGAAGUUGACCCACGAGGACGCACUGUCUCCUCGAAUCAACUGCGAUUCAACACUGCUGCCGAUUCCGAAGGACACGGUGUACCGUGACUCGAACCUCCUGGCGAUCCCGAAGGAAGACGUGUCCCCAUUCAGCACACCGCCGCAGCGACAGAAGGCUCCCUGCAGCCCACCUUCAUCAGUGGUACAGACGACUUGUCCAGGGCCUUGGGUGAUGGAUUCGCCUUCGCCACAAAACUGCGCCUCACAGGAAGACGUGUCCCCAUUCGGCACGCCGCAGCGACAGAAGGCUGGCGGGUCCUGGGCCGAGAAGGUCCUCGCGGAAGUCAUGAGCCGGAUGCAAGCCAUGGAGGAGAAGCUUGAGAUGACACAGGAAACCAUCUGCCGGCGUAUAGACUUCUCACAGGAGACGGUGAUGCAGAAGCUGGAGUCCUACUCAGGCCUCGUUCAGAACAUCAACACUGCCAGCGACAACACCAAGAGAUCCUUACUGGACACGGUCAACACAUCCUCCGCCCUUAUGCUACAGAAGCUGGAUACCAUGCAGCAGGAUCUUCUACAGCAGUCGCAGUUUACGACGCGCCGUCUGGCGGAGAUAGAGACGUGCCUGAGCAAGCAGGCGGAAAGCGAGGAAAUGCAACGGCUCCGAGCUGAAUUGGCAGCCGCCAAGGCGUCCGCCGGCCAGGAGGCUGCGAAGCUGCGAGCGGAGCUGCGAGCAGAUGUCGAGGCCCUCGCCGCCAGCGAAUGCGCCAAGUUGAAGCGAGAGCUUACUUCACGGCGAGAUGCGGAGGAGUUGGACAGGUAUCGACCUUUGUCAACCAGGUCAUCGAUCCGAUCCACUGCGAUGCAGGCAGCGCCGGAGCCUGCUUUCCUUGCGAAGCUACCUUGCCGCGUUUCCCCGCCAGUGCAGGCCGCGCACGUGCCCGCGGCCACGCCCCGGGCAAGCCUCCGAUCAACCUCCAAGCCGAGGCUGCAGCCGAGCGCUGGUACCAUGACAUCGGGCUCCGGUGCAUCAGGCCCCUCGAAAGAGAGGCUUCGAGCGCUUGAGUCUGAGGCGGCCUCGCAGUCAAAGCGAAUCCGUGUCCUGGAGGUUAUCAGGGUCUCGCAGGCAGAGGUUCAAACUGCCCGAGCGUCCUCGCUGAGCGGUCACUUGUGCAAAGAUUUGCCCGUUCGCUUGUGCAAAGCGUUGGGCGGCCAUUCCUGCACCGUGCACUUCUUCUCCUUGGAUUCUGCGGGUGUUCUGUCCUCGGAACCCCUCCAAAACGGGGACGAAAGCAGCGGUUACUUUUUGCUUUCCUCGCCUCCGAGCGGCAUGAGGCUCCGAGCGCCUUUCGCUGCACAGGUCACAGGAUUCGGCUUCGCCGUGUCGGUCUUUAACGCCUGUUUUCACACGCGUCAGACACGGACCAACCAGAACGUACUGGUGCCAACGCGACUAACACGGACCAACCGGAACGUACUGGUGCCAACGCAAGUUCUCUUGCUCCACGCGCUAAACACGGACGUUCUUAGACCAACCAAAACGUACUUUUCGAGACUCCAAAACUGCGUUUUCGAUGGUGCCGUUUUCAGCCCCCGAAGCAUGCUCUGA